UAACAAACCGCCCACCUGCUCUGCAGCCUAACGUCAGGGAGGAACCACGAGUCUGACCCGGGGGAGCGGAGAUGACCCAGAGGGACCGAGCCAAGGCGCCUCGUCCGGGGGACACCUCUUAAGCUACGGCCGCUGUCUCGUGUGUGUGCACCGGGGCUCCCACCGCGCGCUCCUGGAUCGUCUCGGCCGCCUGGCGACGCUCGUCAGCCGCUAACCACCAGCACCACCACCACCACCACCGCAGCAGCAGCAGCAGCAGCUAGCGGGCUAACUAGCCUCCAGUGGAGUGGACAGGUAGCGGAGGAACCACAAGGAGGAUUUGAGGAGGGUCGCCCCGGGGCUGGAUAUACUCCCGGGAGGAGGUGUUGAUUAACCCGCCGCUUUGCUGCGCUUGUCCUCCCCCCCCCCCGGCUCCUCGCUCCGUUGUCCCCGCAGCCUCCUGACCCGCUCGCCGCCCGAGUUCAUGCGCGCUAGCCUCGGCUGCAGCUCGCUAGCAGGGAUGUGUCACAGCAGCUAACGGACCCCACACUUGUGUUCGCCUGUGAGAGGGGGUGUGUGUUGUGUUGUGUUGUGGUCCCCGAGAGGCCGACGAAGGGGGGGUGCAUCAUCCCGCCUAACGCCUGCUCAUCCACCGUGCCCUUUUAAUGUCGUGUCCCCCGCCGGCGACUGGUCCCUCCAGAAGAACCAGACGCGGGGCAUGCAGGAGGAGAAAGCCCCGCAGAUAAGCAGAUAGGACGCGGGGACAGCGACUCAACGGGACCGGACUGUGCGGUUCGAUUGACCCACCAAACCGGGGGGGGUUUUUAUUCCGCAACCAGGCGGGUGGACUGAGAGAGGGAGAAGAGAGGGGGGGGCGGAAGGAUGAAGAAGUUUUCCCGGAUGCCGAAGUCGGAGAGCGGCGGGCUCGGAGGGGCCGGGUCCGGCUGCAGCUCCGGAGUCAGCAGCUACUUCGGGAAAGUGUUCGCGGUGGGUCGGUACCAGGUGACCGUGGAGGAGCUGGUCGCUGAGGGAGGCUUCUCUGUGGUGUUUCUGGCUCGUACGCACAGCGGCGUGCGCUGCGCUCUCAAGCGCAUGUACGUCAACAACGUCCCGGAUCUGAACGUCUACAAGAGAGAGAUCACUAUCAUGAAGGAGCUCUCGGGCCACAAGAACAUCGUCGGCUACCUGGACUCUACGAUCAGUCCCGUGUCCGACAGCGUGUGGGAGGUCCUGAUCCUCAUGGAGUACUGUAAAGCCGGUCAGGUGGUGAAGCAGAUGAACCAGCGGUUGAACGUGGGCUUCAGUGAGGCCGAGGUCCUUCACGUCUUCUGUGACACCUGCGAGGCCGUGGCCCGGCUGCACCAAUGCAAGACGCCCGUCAUCCACAGAGACCUAAAGGUUGAAAACAUCCUGCUGAACGACCAGGGGAACUACGUGCUGUGUGACUUUGGAAGUGCGACUCACAAGGUGCUGCUGCCACAUAAAGACGGAGUCACUGCGGUGGAGGACGAGAUUAAGAAGUACACGACCCUGUCAUAUCGGGCACCGGAGAUGAUUAACUUGUAUGCAGGGAUACCCAUCACCACUAAAGCUGAUAUAUGGGCACUGGGAUGCUUGUUGUACAAGCUGUGUUUCUUCGCUCUUCCAUUUGGGGAGAGUCAAGUUGCCAUAUGUGACGGAACCUUUAUCGUUCCAGAUAACUCCAAAUUCUCCUUCAAGUUGCACUGCUUAAUCAGAUACAUGCUCGAACCAGAUCAGGAGAAGAGACCAGACAUUUACCAAGUGUCCUACUUUGCCUUCAAGUUAGCUGGAAAAGACUGUCCGGUGCCAAAUCUCUUCAACUCUCCCAUCCCCACGACGCUCCCAGAGCCGCUGACGGCCAGCGAGGUCGCUGCUAGGAAGAGCCAGACAAAAGCCAGGAUAACGGAAUCUGUCGGCCCGACGGAAACAUCGAUAGCUCCCAGGCAGAGGCCGAAGGCGGUGAACAGCAACGUGCUGCCCCUCGCCAACACCGUCACCCCCGUGACGAUGACCGUGCCUUCGGCUCCCGUCAGCAACGGACAGAAAGCUCCCACCCCCGGCUCCGGGCAGCUGUCCGUGCAGCCCCAGCCCAGCAGUCAGCAGCACCGCGUCCUGCAGCAGCUGCAGCCCGGCGACCUGCGUCUGCAGCAGCUGCAGCAUCACCAACAGCAGCAACAAGCCGUGCAACAGCAGCAUGCACAUGCACAUGCACAGCAGCAUGCACAGCAGCAUGCAAAUGCACAGCAACUCCAAUACCUCCAGUAUCAACAGGCUGUGCAGCAGUCCCUCCAGCUCCAGCAGCAGCAGGCUUUGCUCCAGCAGCAGCAGCAGAUGAUGAUGCAGCCCAUGUACCAGCAGCAGGUCGCUCAGGCCCAGGCUCAGUACGCAGCCAUGCUGCACCAGUACCAACAGGCUUUUGUGCAGCAGCAGCAGCAACAGCAGCAGCAGCAACAUCAACAACAUCAUCAUCAUCAACAGCAGCAGCAGCAACAUCAUCUACAUCAGCAGCAGCAGCAUCAUCUACAUCAUCUGCAGCAGCAGCAGCAGCAGCAGCAGCAUCCCCCCCAGCAGCCUCUCCCCUACAUGCCCUCCCCUCUUGAGUUCCAGAUCCCCCUCGGCUCCUAUAACACUACCACCCCCUCUGCUGGGCCUGCAGCAGGAAGUGGACCGAUGGGGGGGAUAUCACCUGUGGAUCCCUCGUACACCAACCCCAGUAGAAACCCUCUGCUGGCCUCCGACGGCGUCACCCCUCCCCCUCAGAGCGGCAACAGCGCAGUGAGUUACCCCCCCGACAUGUCGCGCUGGAACCCUUUCGGAGAGGACAACUUCUCCAGGCUGACGGAGGAGGAGCUGAUCGACCGGGAGUUCGACUUGCUCCGAGCAAACAAUCCUGUGGAGAGAACAGCCAGUGUGGAAACGGACCGACAGGCUGCCGCCGCCACCAAGCCCCUCCUGCCCGAGGACCUGUUCGGCUCAGUCCCGUUCGUGGCCAGCGCAGGAUCGACCACUGUGACGCAGACUGAGCAGAGCAGUGAGGACGCCAGUGUUCCUCCUCCUCCACCACCUCCUUCACCUCCUCCUCCUCCUCUCGUCUCGACCCCUGCAGACGAGCUGCAGCCUCCUGCGGUCAAGGAGCACAAACCCCUCAGGAGGAGUAACUGCAGAUCAGGUGAAGAGUCCGACAGCGACUUUGAGUCUGACCCUCCUUCGCCGAAAAGCAGCGAGGAAGAGGAGCCGGAGGAGGACGAGGCUCUGAACAGUGAACAUGGUGACGACACCGAGCCAGAGAACUUGGGACAGAGGCCUCUGCUGAUGGAUUCCGAGGAAGAGGAGGAGGAGGACAAGCACAGUUCGGACUCGGACUACAACCCCGGCAGAGUCAAGGGUCGCUCUAAGAAAUCUGCUAAAUCUGCUCCUCCUGCUGCCACCAGGAGGAGCCGUGAAGGAGACUCUGCCAUGACCCUCAUCAGCCCUCCGGAGUCGCCCAGCGGAGCCAGAGCUGCUCCGGCUGAGGAGCCUGUGGAUGUGUUUGGGUUCGGUCCCUUCGUUGGAGGAGCUCCGCAGGUUGAGCCCUCGGAGAACAUCUUCGCCAAAGCGCCUUUCAGACAAGUCAGCCAAGAGCAGCGAGCAGCCGCCGAGUUUGACGUUUUUACCAAAGCGCCGUUCACCCGGAACCUCUCCGUGUCUGGCAAGAGCGGCAGCGAAGCUCCAACGGGCCAAUCGCCUCCCGGCUCCCCUGAGGCCUUUGACAUCUUUGGCUUCUCUCCCUUCCACCCGGGCUCCACGGCGCCACCUCCCGUGACCUCGAGGAGCGCCGACGACAUCUUUCAGCCGUCUUACGAGGAGCCGGCGAGUCCUCAGCAGCAGAGGCUGAAGCAGCGCAGCCUCCAGAAGCUGUCAUCGCGGCAGAGAAGAACCAAGCAAGAGGUCACAGCGGGGGGCAGCAAACGGCACCACAGUACACCCACUGCGGGGCGCAAGACUAACAAGCCAACCUACCGCACGCCGGAGCGAGUCCGCAGGCACAAGAAGGUCGGCCGGAGAGACUCCCAGAGCAGCAACGAGUUCCUCAGCACCUCCGACUCGAAGGAGAACAUCAGCGUUGAUAUCACCAUGUCUGAGGCGAAGGACAAAGGAGCGUCUCUGCCGGCGGACGAGGCCAUCGAGGCCAUUUUAGACCCGUUUGGAGCCAAACCGUUCCAACCUCAGGACGGAUGCCGGCACAGCCAGUACCAAGGCCUCGUGGACAGUGAGAGUGACAUGGGCCCGGCCAAUGGUAAGACCAGGACGGGCUCUCUGCACGGUGCUCCGGGAGAAGGUGGGGACAUGGAUGAUUUCGGGGCGGUGCCCUUCACAGAGGUGGUCGUCCACAGUGGACCCCAGCCGCAGCAGCAGCAGCAGGGGGCGCCCUCGCAGCCGGGGGAGCUCGACCCGUUCGGAGCUGCACCUUUUCCCUCUAAACAGUGACUCGUUACCUUGUGUCUUCCAGCUCUGCCUCGUGCUGUUAGCUAACCCCCGAGCUUCUUCUGGUUUGGGAUCAUUUUCCAACGAAAUGCUCUGACGACGCUUCUUUUCUGACAUUUUACUACGGCGCUCACUUUUAAUAAAGGAAAAAGCUGAAUCCUGUGGAGUGGGCGAUGUUUCCACGUCUCCUUCAGCUCCGCCCGCUCGCUGAGGCCUUUUACUGCUGCAUCUCGACCGAUCUAAUUAAGACCAAGAAGAAACCGAACUCCCGCUCGAAUGAACUGUGAUCGUACGCUUGACCUUUGCUCGACCCGCUGCAGAAAGCUCUUCAUGGCCUUGGGCUCCACCGACAUGUUUCUUAGCACCACGAAGCCUUACCGGAGCUCGGCCCUGCCUUGCUGCACAGUACCUCGGGAAGUCUGACCCAGUCGGUUCACUUCGGCCGUAACCACUUCGUUUCGCCCUCCUCAGACUUCUCUCUAUGCAUAAAGUUCACAGUCGUCUUUACGCAGCCAGAUGUUGUGAUUCGUGUUGCACCUGGAAUACGAGAAGCGAUCGGAUUCUAUUGUACUUCCUUAAAAACUGUUUUUUUAAUUAACUGUUAAUUGACACAGGUUUAAAUUUAGGCUCUUAACUGUUUACUUCAAUUUCUUCUUUCCUUUUCUUUUUAGCAGUAAACUUGUACUUUCUGUUAAUUUUUUCAUGAAGUGACAACUCAUCACAUUCUGUUAGAAAUAAGGAGGAAAUAAAACACGAAGCCACGUUUGAUCACUAGCUUAGGAUCUGUGUUGUGAGAAUGUCGACCCUCUGGAAACGUAACAUUACUGCAGAGACAUUAAAGGACAAAUGGGUUUGUCACCUUUUAGUUAAUGGGACUAAUUCGACUGCAUUUGAUUUAUUUUGUCAGCAAAUCCAUGAAAAGACCAAAAUCAAUUAAUGACUUUAAAGGGAAAUCAGUCGUUUUGUAAAUUGCUUUCUUGACGACAGUUAAUUGAAAAAGACAGUUUCCCUCAUGUCUGUUUGUUAAGAUGUAGCGUAAAACAGGGAACGAGCCUGGUUCUGUGUUAUUUAGUAACUUUAAAUGUUGUCAUAGGUUAUAAGGAAUAACUUUUCUAAAACACAUUUAUUCUCUUUCUUGUUUUAAGUUCUUACAUCUGCUCGAUGUGAAGCUGCAGCCGUGUUAGCUCGACUUAGAAAGUUUUACACUUAAAUGCUUUUGGUCUUUUCAUGGGAUUUGUUAACAGAAAAGAAGACGUCAGACUUUCCAACGAGGGAAAAAAAAAAAAGAGGAUAAAUCUGUGAUGUGAUAUUCAGGUGAUUUGUCCGACUGCACUUUUCAGCGCUGAAUUCUUCUAGGAUCUAAAUUCCUGUGAUCUCUGCAUCGACGGCCUUAAGCACUGCAUUCACCUUCACGCCCACUGGCACCUUUCAAUUAAAACCCGCAGGUGGCUGCGUUUUCACCGGUGGAACAUUUCA